UAAAAGGAAGUGGAUCUAAGGCUCUUUUGAAGAAGGUUGCAGGUCCCAGCUUAUUUCACUUCAUGUGAUAACAUUGGGAGUGGUGCUGGAAGCUUUAGAGGAACAUGCUGCUUCUGAUCUUCCUAGUGGCACUAGUGUUUGCUGAAUAUGGGGAAAAUGUGCCUUUGAUUGAUAUCCAAACAUUACAAAACCUGACCUAUCAUCCAGAGACAUUAGAAGAGCUCCUGUCUGACCAAAAUACAUUGGAUGAGGGAGACCUGCUGAUGUUGAAGGACAGGAACGCAGUGGGACCUUUUUGGCCAACCACAGACUUGCCAUAUGAUGUCCAACCAGAUAUAAACCAUAGAAUGAACCAUAUCAUUGCUGCCAUGAAGAUGGUGUCUGAACAUACCUGUAUAACUUUCCACAGACGAAACCCCUCUGAGAAAAACUAUGUGCUCUUCCAGACUGGCAAUGGUUGUGCUUCACACGUGGGCUUCAUCGGGGGCCAGCAGCAUGUGUAUGUUGCACCAUCUUGCAGUGUGGGCAACAUUGCUCAUGAGAUCCUUCACACUCUUGGGUUCCAACAUGAACACACCAGGUUGGACCGGGACAAGUUUAUCAAUGUUGUCCAGAGUAAUAUCAUCCCAGGGAUGGAGAAAAACUUCAGAAAGCUUGAUGGGCAAACAUUUAAUAUUCCAUAUGACUACACUUCGAUAAUGCACUAUGGACGGGGCUUUUUUUCCUCAAACGGAGAGCCCACCAUCAUCCCAAAGAAAGACGUAAAGGACAUGGGACAGAGAGAUAGACUGGCGAAGACAGACAUAAAAAAGGUUAUACUUCUCUACAACUGUGAUUCUAUAAUAUCAAAUACCACAGCGAAAAGCUGAAUGACCUUUUUUCUCCUCUUGCCUCCUGGAGCACCUGAACUAAACCAUCAGAGGGGGUGGUGACACCAGCAGAGUACAGAACCUUAACUGAUCUUAAUUGCCUUUUUCUUAAUUCAAAAUAAAAAACAAUUGCAACCUGAA